AUGCCCAUAGAUCAGAAGCAACCCUCCACAGCGAAAGCAUCUGUAGUACCGAGACCAGGAACUUUGCAGCAAAAGAUUGAUGCAUCGAAGAAGAGCAGAGCAACUGAAAGCUGCAUUGGCGUCUAUUCCUAUGCAGAUGGCGUACUUGCACAAAUCUAUUUGAAGAUAGAAUUUUUGACUUAUGCUGUUCUUGCAAAGUCGGAGUCUCGAGCAUAUUACAUCAACCUUACUAUAGAUCAUAGUAGGUCGAUGAGUCAAGUCCGUGGUAGAUGCGUGAUCUGUACAUCAACAUUCGUCAAGAAUAACAUCGCUGCUUUGCAGUGCGGACAUACUUUCCAUUAUGACUGUGUUCAUAAGUGGAUUGAGCGUUCGAAAACUUGUCCGAACUGCAGGGUUCGCACCACCGAAAGACAAAUUAUAAAACAUCUUUUCUUCGACGCUCCCGAUGAUUUGAAUACCACGCAGUUCUUUUCGAGUAACGGUGCUCAGGUCGAGGCCCUAUCAAUAGCUCUCGAGAAGGAGAAAAGUGCUCAUCUCGAUGCUCAAGAAGAACUGCGAAAGCUUAAGGACUGUAAUUCUAGUCUCCAGUCUAAGCUCGAUGCUGAGAAAGCUCGUUUUCUGAAGAAAGUACCGUCGUUAGAAGCACGGAAUCGGCAGCUAGAAAUGAUGUUGGUCGACCAGCAGCAGCUUGAAAGAGAACUUGAGAAGACGAAAAGUCGAUUGAAGGCUUGCGAAUUCUACAAAGCUAUCACGGCAGGCAAGAACGAGGAGGCUUUGGAUAAAUAUAUCAAGGAUGACGGUUCUGUUGAAAUGGGACAGUUUCUGAAUAUUCUGAGAAGACAGGUAGAAGAGGCGAGGCGACAACAGAUAAGUGUAGCUGAUGAGUUGCGCGCUGAGCGGGAGCAGCUACGCUUGUCAAAACGCAAGGAAAAUGACCUGAAAAAUUUUGUGAAGGUGUUGGAACAAGAACUGCGAGAUGUUCGUGCUGCGGCCAAUAUGUCUAAAUCGACUCCAUUCAAUCCUAGGUUAAAACAUCUCGUUUUGGAUAAAAGUCCUCAAAAACGUGGUUCUCUCGGAUUUGACGAAUCAAUCGAUCUCAAUGACGCCUUUAUCAAUUCCGCUUUGAGAAAACCUCCCAGACCAGUUUGUGUGCGAGAGAAGGUCGUUUCAAAAGUUAGUAGACCAUUGUUCGAUGAGUCUUCGGAUGAUGAUGGAGCUGAAACCAAUGCUAACGUGUCACUAGAAUAUCCUCCUUCACUGGACAAGAUAUCUAGCCCUGUAGUGCCAAAAACCUUACGCGAUCGAGUUUUGGCAGGAUCGCUUCAUGCUAAGCAGAACAAAGUAGGAACAGCUCAUCGAGCCGCCGAGAAAGCCCUGGAGAGUUUGGAACUAAGGAACAUAACAGCAGUGCCGAGAACUGUGAGGAGGCCUUUACUGAAGAGGAAGAACGAGAAUUUGUUGGCAAAUCCGCGUCUUUCCCAGUACUUUCAAAAGAAACAAAAGAACGAUGAAGUCAUAGAGCUGGACGACUAACAGAAGUACACCAUUGAUGCAGUCUGCUUUACCACAGAUCUCUGAUGUGAUCUUUCCCAUGUAUGUACUAACUGUAGAUUGCUCAAAUCAAUUCACUUGCUGGUAACAAUUUUUUCUCUUGCAGUCAGUCACUCUUAAAAGCAUGCUAAACUCUUGUGCAAUCCCAUUCAUGUAACAAUUCUUUCUUAUUUCCGUUGAAAACAGGUGACAUCAUGUACCUCUUAUGCUAACAUAUCGUUAAAGAAUCUCAUUAUAAGUUUAUUAUCUUA